AUGUCCAACAAUUAUGAAGAAUAUUCCACUUUCACUCAAAAAGAUUUUAAGAGGGGAAUUGAAAUUAGAGCUAUCAAUCCACCAUUCUUCAACCGAGUAGUAGAAGGAGAAAUUUAUUUUUUUCACUUUUCUUCUGCAGAGGUAAAAGAACAACUAUUCUUUUUUUUUCAUGGACAUGUUCCAAUAGGGAAAGAAUUCGCCAGUCUAGCUUCGCAAUAUAACAAAUAG